AUGGCUGCCGCUCUAGACCCAGAUGAGGUGCUUCGUUCUUCGAAAGGGAGAGAUAAUUUUCAACAUCUUGCUCGGCUUUUGAUAAGUGGAGGUACUGUGCUAUUGAGGGAGGUUUUUGACAUCAAAUGUCCACCAAGUAAUCUUCCUACAACACUUCAGAAUCCAGCCACAAAAAAAAGGCUACUUAAGGCAGCAAAGCUCACCAAACCACAAUUGGACUGCCUGUACCCUUCACCAGGGAUGUAUGGAAAGUCAACAGACUUUGAUAUAACUCUCCUUUUCCGGUUGCUGAGGACAAUAUGCCGCCUCACCCCUCCUGUCACGGGCUGGGAUGCGCUACCGGGAAGUACAGAUGACAGUUUAGAAGCAGAUUUAGCUAGAAUCAAAUAUUAUCGCAAUUCGCUAUAUGGUCAUGUGAACGAGAACAUGGAAAUCUCAGAUUAUGAGUUUUCAGUUCAUUGGAGAGAAAUCAGCGAGGCUCUGAUGAGAAUUUCGGGUCAAAUCAGCACAGCAAAAGCGAAACAAUGGAAGAAUGCUAUUGAUAAAUUUUUAAAAGAUCCCCUUACAGAGGAAGCCAAGAGACAUGAGCAGGAAUUGCAGCGCUGGUACCAGAGUGAUACAGAAGUAAAGGAAUACUUGGAAAAGGUAGAAUCUUCAGUGAAGAAUUUGGAGAAAGAGGUUCGAGAACAAGCCCAGGAUAUUAAAGAUGAGCUCGGAGGGAAAGUAGAAUCUGCAACCCAAGAAGUGCAGCGCUUAGGACAAGACAUCAAAGAUGAGCUCGGAGGGAAAGUAGAAUCUACAGCCCAAGAAGUGCAGCGCUUAGGACAAGACAUCAAAGAUGAGCUCGGAGGGAAAGUAGAAUCUACAGCCCAAGAAGUGCAGCGCAUGAGGCAAGAGUUUCGAGAUGAAGCUCAAGACAUCAAAGAUCUAUUAAACCUGAGUGGCCGACCCAGUUCCUCAGCCGGAGGUCAGCUUGUUGAUUUUUUUCUGUAUCUCUUUUACCAGUAAAGUAUUUUUCCUCUAACAUAUGCACUUAGGCAUCGUAUCAGGGUUACCUGUACGGUGAACAUUGGGCAUUUUGACCUAAAUAGCUUCAUAUAUUUUUGGAGCAGAGAAAUGGCAAUUAUUAAUCGUUACUCGGCUACAGCCGAACGACCACACAUAGUAAUUGCCUGUUUUUGCCUCUGUUGCAAUUUAUGACACUUUUUCCCCUUACAGUUAAAAUUCGAAUGCGGAUUGAUUGUGAGACCAUCCCAGACUCUCAUCCGCGACUUGAGACAUCAGAGACGGUGGUUAUAGCCAGUCAGGGUACCCAGGCUUGUGGCGACGAGCUGGUAGUUACUGGAACGUCAGAAGGAACGCCUGAAGGUACACAGGAUAGCCUGGCAGGAAGGCACAAGAUGGUAGUUACUGGAGUUAAGCGUAAGGCAGGGCAACCUGUUGCAUCUGCUGGUCAACCACUCGCGGGAAGAACAGUAAGUGUCGAAGAAGCAGGUUUUGGAAGCGAAGUUAUACCCAGCGCACAAGAAGUUAUGAAUUCAAUCGCACACAAGUACUUCAGGGUAGUUGACCCAUCUAACCCUGAGGAAUUAAAUGGCUUUGUACGGUUUUUAUCAGAUGUGCGCAAAGUUCUGAUUCUGGAUGUUCAAUCAGGAAGUUUGAUAGUAACAGUACUAUGUAGUUCAUUGAAGGUACUGGACGCCCUGUGGUAUGACUACUGCACAGGUCACCUGAAUGAUAUGGCACAGAAAUAUCUUGUGACAAAGGAUGUUCUUAAGGAGUUUGACUUGACUGAGCUGAAACUGACAACAACUAUUCAGGGGGAGGAGUACAUUGCUGCACGAAAGUUUUUCCAGCAGGGUUCAGGUGAGCACAUACAAAGUGUCUCGCAGAGCUGCCUUAAACCGAAUAAAUAGGGCAUCGUCUUCGUUAAUGCUUUAAAACACGUUAGCAGAGGUUCGCAUGCUAUGUUUUUUUUUGUGCCCCCUCAGACAUGUUUAUAAAUUUGUUGUUACACCAGAUCAUUCAAGAAAUUUAAGGAUCAGAUCUGAUCAUAGUUGAGCUCUCUCUAUUUAAUCGAGAGAUUGGGAUCUAAGACGGAUGGAGGCGACGCUGAGACGACCUCACGACCUUUUGACAUUUUUAGGAAACUGAUCCAACUCCUUUAUCUUGAGCCAGCCCAAAGUAGUAAAUAUCUUGUCAAGCCGAUAGUUCAACAGAAUGAACACAUUUCUUUGAAUAGCCGGCUGAGAAAUGUAUGGUCAUCAGUUUGCAGAAUUGUUCUCUCUAGAACUCUGUAAAAAGGGUAAUUUUUGAGACCCGAGCACUCAAUUUGGUUACCUGUCUCUCAUACUGAUGGACAGAUUAGUACUGAGACAGCUUGAAUGUAUCUGUGAUGAAGAAAGCUUACUAUAAUCAGUCGCUCAGCCAAUUUAUUAGCGCAUUGGAUGAUGUUAGCUGCUCUAUCAUCUCUUAUCUUGAACGAAGCUGAUGUAAUUUCUUUUCAUAUUUGCUUUCAGAUCAUGGUCCACUUGGUAUGACAAGUAGCAGAAGUAACGCAAUCGGCCAAGAAUCGACAUUCCAUGAAAAGCUCCACGAUAUCGCACAAGGAACAAUGGAAACAGGUUCAGUUGGCUCACCGGAGAGUCCACUUAAAAAAAUUGAAGGAAUUUCCCCGGAUCAGCAAAGUCUGCUUUGUGCUGGUAAAGAACUAGAAGAUGGAAAUACUUUGAGUGACUACAAUAUUCAUGGGGAAUCGACCUCGCUCUUAGCUUUAAGACGUCGUGAUCCCAUGAAAAUCUUUGUGAAAACAAUGACUGAAAAGAUUAUAACUUUGGAUGUGGAACCCUCAGACACCAUAGCAAAUGUGAAAACAAAAAUCCAAGACGAAGAAGGAAUCCCACCGGAUCAGCAGCGUCUUAUCUUUGCUGGUAAAGAACUAGAAGAUGGCUGUACUGUGAGUGAUUACAAUAUUACGAGAAGAUGUACUUUACACUUAGUUUUACGAAAUAGCAGUAGCUUGCAAAUCUUUGUUAAGACUCUUACAAGCAAUAUUCUCACUAUAGACGCGAAACCUUCAGAUUCGAUCAGGAAUGUAAAACUGAAAAUUCAGGACAAAGUGGGUAUUCCACCAAGCCAGCAACAUCUGAUCUUUGGGAGGCAAGAACUCAAAGACCACCAAACGUUAGAUGAAUACAGAGUUAUAGACAAAUCAACUGUGCAUUUGCGACUCGAGGACGAACUUGGAGGAGUCCUGAUCACGGCGGAGACUCUGACUGGAACGAAGAUAUCUAUAAAUGCCUCGCCAAGUGAUGAUUUCGAGAGCUUGGAAAGAGAAAUCUGUGAUAUAGCAGGGAUUCUAAGCCUUAGCUUUGUUGGCCAGAAAGUCUUCGACGACCACCUUCCUCUGAGUGAGUAUGACAAUCAAGUUGAAUUACCCUUGCAAAUGGAUGUUAAAAAAAAGAAGAAUAAAUUCCUACUUCAUGUGAAGACACGAUCUGGAAAGAUGAAGAUCACAACAGAGGCUGUAUCGGGAGACACUAUCCAGGAUGUGAAAACAAAAAUAACAGAAGAGAUGGGAACACCAGCAAAUCAGCUACAACUCAUGUUUGACAACCAGAAACUUGAAGAUGAACAUCGCACUUUGAAAAGCUACAACAUCACCAGAGACUCCACGAUUGAACUAGUUAUCGGAAGAAAGCAUUUAGUCGAGAUGCACACUCACGUAUAG